CGGAGGGACACAGGCGCCCAGGACAGCCUCUCACACCCGGCCGGAGCCGCUGGACAUUAGGGGGGAUCCUGCCCAGGAAGAGGGCGCUAUGUACCCCCAGUUCUGCCGGACUCCGGGGAUUCCCGGGCUGCACCCCGACUUGUGAAGCAGAUGGAGUUCCCGGGCUCAGUAUGGGAAAGAUGAGCUGGCCCGGUGCCCUGCUGCUGCCCCUUCUGCCCCUGGCACUGGGAUAUCUCACGGUGACCAUAGAGCCGCUCCCUCCUGUGGUUGUGGGAGACGCAGUGACCUUAAAAUGCAACUUCAAGACGGACGGAAGGAUGAGAGAGAUCGUCUGGUACCGGGUUACAGAUGGGGGCACCAUCAAGCAAAAGAUCUUCACUUUUGAUGCCAUGUUCUCCACUAACUACUCCCACAUGGAGAAUUACCGCAAGCGCGAGGACCUUCUGUACCAGUCGACCGUACGACUCCCCGAAGUCCGAAUCUCCGACAACGGACCGUACGAGUGCCACGUGGGGAUAUACGACCGGGCCACGCGGGAAAAGGUGGUGCUGUCGUCGGACAACGUGUUCCUCAACGUCAUGUCCCCUCCGGUCUCCAUUGCGGUGCUCGCGGCCGACUCUCCCGCGCCGUUCAGCCGGUACCAAGCCCAGAACUUCACCUUGGUCUGUAUCGUGUCCGGAGGGAAACCCGCCCCACAGGUUUCCUUCAAGAGGGACGGCGAGUUAAUCGACGUGGUUCCGAUGCUGGAGCCCCCACCCGCGGCAGCAGGGCUGCUGGGCAACCGUCCAUCCAGGAACCCCUUCAACCGCGACAUGGAUGACACCAAGAUGCAAAAAUCACUCUCGUUGCUGGACACGGAGGAAAGAGGACUCAGUCCCUUUACGGAGAACCCUUACCGGGUCCGAGCCGCCGACCAAGGACCUAUGUCCAGCCCCGUAACGGAGGCCAUUCCAGAGACUGUGGUCAGUCUGGAGUUUCCUCGUUGGGUCCACAGCACGGACCCCGCUUAUUUCUUCCACCAAAUGCAUCUUCCCAUGAGCGAUGGGACCGUCGAGGUGCGGGCCAUGCUUACCUGGACUCUAAACCCACAAGUGGACAAUGAGGCUCUGUUUAGCUGCGAGGUGAAGCACCCAGCGCUCUCCAUGCCUAUGCAGUCGGAAGUCACAUUAGCUGCACCCAAAGGGCCCAAAAUAAUGAUGUCCCCAACCAGAGCCCGAGUGGGUGACACCGUGAGAAUCACCGUCCAUGGAUUCCAGAAUGAAGUAUUUCCGGAGCCGCUUUUCACCUGGACCCGGGUAGGGGGGAGGCUGCUGGACGGCAGCGCAGAGCAUGAUGGGAAGGAGCUGGUGCUGGAGCGAGUGCCGGCUGAACUAAACGGCUCCAUGUACCGCUGUACAGCUCAGAACCCACUCGGCUCUACAGACACUCACACCAGACUUAUAAUAUUCGAAAACCCCAAUAUUCCGCGGGGACCGGAGGAUUCAAACAGUUCUGGGCCCGUGGGCAGCGACAGACUGACUUUGGUGCUUCUAAUCCUGACAGUGAUGUUUGAACUGACGUGAGAGUUGGGCGCCCGGCCGGUCACUCAUUGGACUCCACUCAGCGCCACAUUUACCCCAAUCAGUUUUAUUCCCCCCCAAACUAGCGCCAGUCUCGUUAUCCGUCGACUUUAUCUCUGUGUUUUGGCUUCUUCAGCUGAGAAAUUAAGAAGAAAAAAAACAAAAAACCUUUAAAAAAAAAAACAGAAAAAAAACAAAAACUUUCCUUCUCACAACUUUGUGGUUUUGGGGUGCAGCCGCCACCGAAUCUUCCAAUCAUUAAUCGGGAGGAGCAACCGAUGUCGAAUAGGAACCGCAGCGGAAAGCCGGACCGGGGGAAUCUCCGCCCAUCACGGGCGGGGGGAGGAGCUACUACCGUUGAUCUUUUUGUAUCUCAGUUGAAUAAUAAAUCCCUCAGGGCAAAAAGGUUGAAUAAAGUUGUGAAAGCUUGAAUAAACAUUUCUAUGGUUUGGG